GUCAAAUCAAAAGUGUACUUGAUGUAGAUCACAUUGCUGGGAUAUUUGUUAAAAAAUGAUAAGAAAAUACGAAUUUACAUCGUAAUUUUAUGCAAAUCUCAUCGCGAAAAAGGCAUGGCAGUGGUCGUGCGGCGAGCUACUCGGGCGCGGUGAGGAGCGGCGCGGGGCCAUGGCGGAGCCCGAGCCCGCGCCCGCCGGCCUCGCCGACGCCGUGCUGCUGGCGCCCCUCACUGAGGACUCCUUCUUACACAACUUGCACGUCCGCUACAAACGGGACAUCAUUUAUACGUACGUGGGCAACGCUUUGGUGUCGGUGAACCCGUGCCGCGCACUGCCGCUAUACUCGGCGGAACUUGUGCGCACGUACCUGGCGCGCCCGCCCUACCUGCUGCCACCACAUUUAUACGCCAUAACGGCCACCGCCUACCGCUGGGUUCGUGACAGAAAUGAGAACCAGUGUAUCGUGAUAACAGGGGAGAGCGGCGCCGGCAAGACGGAGGCGGCGCGCGUGUGCCUGCAGUGCGCGGUGGUGGCGGGCGGCGGCGGCGGCGGCGCGCUGGCGGCGGCCGGCACGCUGCUGGAGGCCUUCGGCAACGCGGCCACGGCGCGCAACCACAACGCCAGCAGAUUCGGCAAACUACUCGAUAUAGAAUUCGACUUUAAAGGGGAACCUGUCGGCGGACACAUCACCCACUACCUCCUGGAAAAGGAGCGCGUGUGCCGAGCGGCGGAGGGCGAGCGCAACUUCCACGUGCUGUACCAGCUGCUCGCCGGCGCCGACGCGCACCUGCUCAAGAGACUGAAGCUGCAGCGCUCGUGGGAGCAGUACCGCGUGCUGCGCGGCGGCGCGGGCUGCGCGGAGGGCGCGGGCGCGGGGGCGGGCGCGUGCGCGGACUGCGCCGAGUGCGCGGGCGCCGGGGCGGGCGCGGGCGCGGGGGGCGGCGCGUCCCCCCGCCGCGCGCCCCCGCAGCCGCCGCCCGGCCCGCGCGCGCCGCAGGCCGACCGGGACCACUUCGCGUUCACUAAGGCGAAUAUGGCACAGGCCGCUAUGGGCGCGCUGGGGUUCAGCGCGGGGCAGUGCGGUGCCGUGCUGCGUCUGCUCGCUUUCCUGCUCAAACUGGGAAACGUGCAGUUCGAGCCACAACACAACAUCGACGGCUCCAUCGGCACGCGUCUCCAACACGAGUACGAGCUGCGCGAGGCGUGCGCGCUGGUGGGCGUGGAGGCAGACGCGCUGGUGUCGGCGCUUGGAGCCGCCCCGCCGCUCGCCACGCACGAAGACGGCGCGCCGCACGAAGCGGCCUGCUCGGUGGAGGAGGAGUGCAGCUCGGAAGCCGGGUCCGAGACGGAGGGCGCGGGAGCGGAGUGGGCGCGGGCGCUGCGCGAUCGCUUGCUGUGUGCGCUCUACUCGCGUCUCUUCACCUGGCUCGUCAACGCCGUCAACGACGCCAUUAAGCCGGCCGUGGUGGGCGCACGGCGCUCGCUGGGCAUCCUCGACGUAUACGGGCUGGAGUCGCUGGCGCACAACGGGCUGGAGCGGCUGCUGAUCAACUACGCGGCCGAGCGCGUGCAGGCGGCGGUCACGGCGGCGACGCUGCGGCGCGAGCAGGAGGAGUACGCGCGCGAGGGGCUCGCCUGGACGCCGCUGCCCUACGCCGACCACGAGCUGUACGCCGACCUGCUGGACGCGGGUCCGGAGAGCGUGCUGGGCGCGCUGCGCGAGUGCUCGGCGCGAGGGUCCAGCGACGCCGUGUUCCUGCAGCGCUUGCAGCGGCGUCGACACCCGCGCCUCCUGGUCCUGCCGCCUGACCGCUUUCAGGUGGUGCACUUCGGCGGCGCGGUGGCGUACAGCGCGCGCGGCGUCGUGCAGAAGAACCGCGACGCGCUGUGUCGGCGCUGCGCCGCGGUGCUGGCGGCGGCGCGCGAGCCGCUGCUGGCCGCGCUCUUCGCGCCCGGCGCCACCGCCUACGCCGGCAGCGCGGGUUCCCCGCGGAGGCCGUGUGCUCUGGCGUGUCGGCAGCGCGCCCUCGUCGGUGCGCUCGUGCGGCGCCUCCCCCCCGCGCCCCGCCUCGUGCGCUGCCUGCGCGCCGACGCCGCGCUUCGCCCGCACCGCUUCGACGGCACGCUCCUCCGUCACCAGAUCCGCACGCAGGGAAUCAUGGACAUGGCGCUACUGCGUCGGGCGGGCUGGUGCGAGUCGAUGUGCGCGCGCAGCGUGGUGGCGCGGUACGGCGUGCUGCGAGCGCGCGCCGGGGCCGCCGCGCCGGGGUCGCCCGCGGAGCGCGACGAGCCAGUGCGCGCGGCGCGGGCGCUGCUGCGCUCGUUGCCCAUACCCAGCGCGGAGUUCGCCUACGGUCGCACUAAAGUUUUCAUCCGCAGCCCGAGAACGGUGUGGGAGCUGGAGGCGCUGCGCGCGGCGCGCGUGGAGGCGCUGGUGCGCGCGGCGCAGCGCGCGUGGCGCCGGCACCGCGCGCGCGCCCGCCUGCGCGCCGCCGCCCGCAUCGCGCGCGCCUGGCGCCGCCACCGCCGCCGCGCCCGAAAAAUGAGCAGCGAGGCCGAGCCGAGCGCCAUGGGUGGCGCGGCGGCCGGAGCGGCGGGCGCCACGCGUGUGAUCUGGCGCGCGUGGUGCGCGCACGCGCGGCGUGCCUACCUCGCGGGGCUGUGGGCGCGGCUGCCGGCGCGACACCGCUCGCCCGCCUGCGCCGCCUGGCCGCCCUGUCCGCAGCCGCGCCUGCUCGCCCGCACGGACGCGCUGCUGCGCCGACUCCACCACCGCUGGCGAUGCCAUCUCUAUCGUCGUGCUUUCGACCAGACGGCGAGAAAUCGAAUGCGCGAGAAAGUUACCGCGAGCGUGCUCUUCAAGGAUCGCAAGCUCAACUACGCACGGAGUGUGGGACAUCCUUUCGUCGGAGAUUACGUGAGAUUGCGUGCCUCGGCCGCCUGGCGUCGCGGGCUCGGCGCCGCCGCCGCCGACCGCUACGUCGUGUUCGCGGACGUGGUGGGCAAGGUGGCGCGCUCCAGCGGCCGCGUGUCGCGCUGCCUGGCCGUCGUGUCCACCGGAGCGCUGCUGCUGCUCGAGGCGCGCUCGCUGCGACUCAAGCGCCGCGUGCCCGCGCACUGCGUGUACCGCCUGUCGCUGUCGCCCUACGCCGACGACCUGCUCGUUGUGCACGUGCGCGCGUGCGGCGCGCUCGAGAGCUCCACGGAGGAGCUAUCGCAGUGCUCGUCGCGCGAGCCGCUGGACGCGCCGGGCUGCCUGUUCGGCGGCGAGGGCGCGUGGCGGCGGCGCGGCGACUUGCUCGUGCGCACGUGCCACGUGCUCGAGCUGGCCACCAAGCUGUUCCUGGUGGUGCAGAACGCCGUGGGCGCGCCACCGCACGUGAACAUCGCCACCGAGUUCGAAGCGAACUUCGGGCAGCAGAUGGUGACGGUGUCGUUCCACGCGGUGGGCGGCGCGGCGGGCGACGGCGGCGCGCGCCUGCUGCGGCGCGGCAGCCGCAUGGACGUGCUGCUGUGAGCAGACUGGAGCAUUUAUGGAAACGUGCCUGUGUCCGUCGACGACGUUAUUCGUCGUUCUGUUACUCGACGAAUGUGUGCUACGACCGCGCGAAGUGUUCACAUAGAGAAGCGGUCGUGGACCGUUUCGUUACAUGUAGUGUUUAGUUAGACAGUAGGAGCCGGACCGGCUACCGAACGUGGAGGUGGCGACUGGCGACUGGCGACUGAUGAACUAUACCCAUCCGCUCCAUUCGUCCGUUCGUGCGUGUCACCCUGACGUGUCGUGUUUGCCGCUUCUAACGUUAACGUUGACAGUAAACACAACAGAUCGCAGUUUAAGUUUAUUUUUAAAUGUCGCUUGUUUUUUCUAUUACCGAGAUUGUGUAAUAAAAUCAUUAUAGUAUCCGGCCACGUUACUGGGCGUGGCUGGGCAAAUCCGAAUUUACAAGAAAUUGCAAAAAAAUGCUCAAAGAUAUUUCAAGACCGCGCAACGUUGUAUUAAAAAAGCUAUGACUGAGUGGUCAAAACGACUUUUAAAGCAAUACAUGUAAGGGUGACGUUUACGGCUCUAGAGGAUUUUGAUCCAUUUUGUUUGCAUUGCCUCAUUUACUGAUACUUGAUUUUCUCUAAAAAUAGUAGACUAUCUGUAAUAAAAUAUUUUAACUUCAAUAUGAAUGCUCUCUAUAUACUCGGAUAUUGUUCAACAUCCGGUAACGCCGCGUGGCUCCGAUCGUUGCUUUAUGUGGUCGGGGCGAGCGGGACGUAGGCUUUUCCGUUUAGUCAUAAACAUUGUAUGAUGUGAUCUCUCAUCUAAACUAAUUUCAAAUGAUCGGGUUUAAAAUUAUCAUACCGAUCGUUUAUUCGAAGUGUGUAAAUAAAGUACUGAUGCUUAUUGUAGACACCUAACGGCUUCCCCACCAUCUACCAAUAUCUUUAGUUCGAGUCGCCACUUCGUCGGUGGCGUAGCUCUCCCGCAGACCUCGUGGUGCCAAACGUAUCGCAGCGCCGGACGCUCCGACGCACGGCCUAAGUUAAGAUUCGCCAAUUUUAAAACAAUAUACUGAUGUGUUAUAAUAAUUUUACAGAAUAUUUGUGUGUCGUUUGUUUUAACGGUUUAAAUGUAAGCAGGUUGUUGAGUAGCGUGCGAACGAGCGCGAGUGCGUCCCCCCGCUGGUGUUUUUUUUUUCUUGUCUUUUAGAUUGUAACUCCGCUUUCGAUAAGGUCGUACUAUAUAAAUUUGGUUAUAUAAUGUAAAUAGUGGAGCUACAGUUGAGACGUAUGUACGAUCAGUGUGCUAUCGCCCUCUUACUCGAUGCAAUAAGUGUAUUGUUCAGCUCAAAAGCCGAUACCGAAUAAGAGUUGCGACGCGUGUUUCGGGACUACACAAUAUUAAACUUAUCGCUCAAAAUCCAUAAUGACAGUAUUGUGUUUGAACGUUGGGAAUUUUAUUGAUUUGGAGGCAGUUUAUCGGAACGGAGCGCGCUCGUGGCUCUGUUAGAGUCUAUUGCUGUUGCGUUCACCAGCACCGGCCGUCGUGGGCCGAGAAGGCUGCCUGGGCCACGUGACGCAGUUAGAGUGGUCCACGUGGGCCUCGCGGCGACGAGCAGGUAUUAACGUAGUCCACGUGGGCCUCGCUCGGCGACGAGCGGGUAUAAACGUAGUCCACGUGGGCCUCGCUCGGCGACGAGCUGGUAUAAACUUAGUCCACGUGGGCCUCGCUCGGCGACGAGCUGGUAUAAACUUAGUCCACGUGGGCCUCGCUCGGCGACGUGUGCGGUCCACGUGGGCCUCGCUCGGCGACGUGUGCGGUCCACGUGGGCCUCGCUCGGCGACGUGUGCGGUCCACGUGGGCCUCCCUCGGCGACGUGUGCGGUCCACGUGGGCCUCGCUCGGCGAUGUGUGCGGUCCACGUGGGCCUCGCUCGGCGAUGUGUGCGGUCCACGUGGGCCGCUCCGCAGCGGCCGGUGCGCGCGGUGGACAACCGACUUCUGUUAAGACGAACUAUGUAAUAUGCAUGUUACGUUUUCAACGAUUACUUAUUAUGAAAUGUUUUAUCGUUUUUAAUAAAAUGUAAGAAAGUUUUUA